UAAAAAAAAGAAAAAAGAAAAAUUAAAAAAAAGCCCCCACUCCCCUCCCAAAAUAAAAUGAUUGACGGGUGAUCGAGCCAAUCACGGAACAGGUGGGCGGGAUUUCCCGUGACAAUGACAAAUCAGUAAUGGCGAUACAAGAAAAACUUAAAUAUGUCAGCAAAACAACACGGAGGAGGAGUGAACUUAUGGACAGCAGCAGUCAUAUUUUUGAAGAAACAUUAUAAUAAUUCCAUCUAAUUGUGCGCGGUUACAGUUCAGCUGAAAGCUGUCUGGUUCUCUCCCAGCUUAUUCAGUAGAUGUCCACCCCUUCAGAUACGUCAGGUGGUAUGUCCCAUCCUGGCCCUUCUCCUGGGGCUGGUCUCUCCCCAGGGCCCAUCUUGGGGCCCAGCCCUGGGCCAGAUCCCUCACCAGGCUCCGUUCACAGUAUGAUGGGCCCCAGCCCCGGGCCUGGAACCCCUAAUGCACCUCACGGCAUGCAAGGCCAAAGUGAUUACUCUCAGGACAGCAUGUAUCCUAUGCACAAGCCAAUGGAGGGGAUGAAUGACAAGACAAUGGCAGAGGCAAUGCACUUUGGUCACAUGAAAGGUGUGGGAAUGAGGUCUCUGCACAGUGGCAUGGGGCCUCCACAGAGUCCUAUGGACCAGCACAGCCAAGGAUACAUGUCCCCCCACCCAUCCCCCAUGGGAGUCCAUGAGCACGCUUCUAGCCCCAUGUCAGGAGGCGGAGGUGGACCUACACCGCCCCAUGUGCCUCCCACACAGUCAGGCCCUAUGAUGUCCAUGGAAUCACAAGGAGGCAUGUCCAACAUGUCCAACAUGUCAAACAUGUCCAACAUGUCCAACAUGGGUCAGCAGGGUCGAGGUCCUUCUGCUUUUAGUCCGGUCCAGCUGCAGCAGCUCAGAGCUCAAAUCCUGGCCUACAAGAUCUUGGGCCGUGGGCAACCGCUGCCUGAAAACCUCCAGCUGGCUGUGCAGGGCAAAAGGAGCCUACCCACAAUGCAACAGCAACCACAACCACAACAACAGCAGCAGCAGCAGCAGCAGCAGCAACAGCAGCAGCAGCAAGCACCUAGUGCCAGUCCUUACAACAGGCCCCCAGGAAUGCCGAUGGGACCUAUGGGUGGUCCCCAGACAAGUCCCCACCCAACCCCGGCCAUGCCAGGACACAAUCAAAGCACAGGACCCAAGCCUUGGACUGAUGGUCAGGGUAGUGACAAUCAAGCUAAUGCUCAGAAGCACCUGACCUCCGUUGCCAGUGGCCGCCCGUCCCCUGCACCACCUCAGGUCUCCUCUGUGCCAGCUGGGCCCAUACCAGGAGGCUCAGGAACCCCUCAGCCUCCCGGGCAGCAGGCCUCCCCGAUGCUCCAGAUGCAGCAAAAGCAGAACCGCAUCACACCAAUUCAGAAGCCCCAGGGCUUGGACCCGGUGGGAAUCUUGCAAGAGAGAGAGUAUAGGUUGCAGGCUCGGAUUGCACAUCGAAUCCAGGAACUUGAAAGUCUGCCCGGCUCCCUGCCUCCUGACCUGAGAACUAAAGCCACGGUGGAACUCAAGGCACUUCGUCUGCUCAACUUCCAGCGACAGCUGAGACAAGACGUGGUGGCGUGUAUGAGGAGAGACACAACCCUGGAGACGGCCCUCAACUCCAAGGCUUACAGACGCAGCAAGCGGCAGACGCUGAGGGAGGCCCGCAUGACGGAGAAGCUGGAGAAGCAGCAGAAGCUCGAGCAGGAGAAGAAGCGGCGGCAGAAACAUCAGGAAUAUCUCAACAGUAUCCUCCAGCACGCUAAGGACUUCAAAGAGUAUCACCGCUCAGUGUCUGGUAAAAUCCAGAAACUCACCAGAGCCAUCGCCAACUGGCACACCAACACAGAGCGGGAACAGAAGAAAGAGACUGAGAGAAUUGAGAAGGAGAGAAUGAGGAGACUUAUGGCAGAAGAUGAGGAGGGCUAUAGAAAACUAAUCGACCAAAAGAAAGACAAGCGUCUGGCCUAUUUGCUGCAGCAGACAGAUGAAUACGUGGCCAACCUCACGACUCUGGUGUAUGAGCACAAAGCGGCUCAAGCUGCCAAGGAGAAGAAGAGGAGGAAGAAGAAAAAGAAGAAGGUGGAUGGAGAUGGUGAAGGCACCAGUGCCAUAGGACCUGAUGGAGAGCCCAUGGACGAGAGCAGCCAAAUGAGCGAGCUGCCAGUCAAAGUCAUUCAGACAGAGACUGGGAAAGUGUUGCAGGGUACGGAUGCUCCUAAAUCCAGCCAGUUGGAGGCUUGGCUCGAGAUGAACCCCGGGUACGAAGUGGCUCCGCGCUCAGACAGCGAGGAGAGCGGCUCAGAGUUUGAGGAGGAGGACGACGACGAUGUGACCAGGGCAGAAACAGAGGAGACGAAGAUCAUCGAUCCCAAUGGAGACGUAGUGACUGUGAAAGCCGCCAAGCACAUCAUAGAGUCGGCCAAGCAGGAUGUGGAUGAUGAGUACAGUGUUCCAACUGGGCAAACCUCCUCCCAGUCUUACUAUGGAGUCGCUCACGCUGUCAUCGAGAGGGUAGAGAGGCAGUCGUCACUGCUGAUCAACGGUUUGCUCAAGCAGUACCAGAUCCAAGGGCUGGAGUGGAUGGUCUCCCUGUACAACAACAAUCUGAACGGCAUCCUGGCUGAUGAAAUGGGACUCGGCAAAACCAUCCAAACCAUCGCCCUCAUCACCUACCUGAUGGAGUACAAGAGACUCAAUGGUCCCUAUCUCAUCAUCGUUCCUCUCUCGACUUUGUCUAACUGGGUCUAUGAGCUUGACAAAUGGGCGCCCUCCGUGGUCAAAAUUGCUUACAAGGGCACCCCUGCUUUGCGUCGUGGUCUUGUUCCUCAGCUCCGCAGCGGGAAGUUCAAUGUCUUGCUGACCACCUAUGAAUACAUCAUCAAGGACAAGCACAUACUGGCCAAGAUACGUUGGAAGUACAUGAUCGUGGACGAGGGACACCGCAUGAAGAACCACCACUGCAAAUUGACUCAGGUGUUGAACACCCACUAUGUGGCUCCGCGUCGCCUCCUGCUCACCGGGACGCCGCUGCAGAACAAGCUGCCCGAGCUGUGGGCCCUGCUCAACUUCCUGCUGCCCACCAUCUUCAAGAGCUGCAGCACCUUCGAGCAAUGGUUCAACGCACCGUUCGCCAUGACGGGAGAGAGGGUCGACCUAAACGAGGAGGAGACAAUCCUGAUUAUUCGCCGUUUGCAUAAGGUGCUCCGCCCCUUCCUGCUACGCAGACUGAAGAAAGAAGUCGAGUCUCAGCUGCCGGAGAAGGUGGAGUAUGUCAUAAAGUGUGACAUGUCUGCCAUUCAGAAAGUUCUGUACCGCCACAUGCAGAAAGGCAUCCUCCUCACCGACGGCUCGGAGAAGGACAAGAAGGGCAAAGGGGGAGCGAAGACCCUGAUGAACACCAUCAUGCAGCUGAAGAAGAUCUGUAACCACCCAUACAUGUUCCAGCACAUUGAGGAAUCUUUUGCUGAGCACCUGGGUUACCCGAACGGCAUCAUCAGUGGGCCCGAUCUGUAUCGUGCUUCUGGGAAGUUUGAGCUCCUAGAUCGCAUCUUGCCGAAGCUCCAGGCCACAAACCACCGAGUCCUGCUGUUCUGUCAGAUGACCUCCCUGAUGACAAUCAUGGAGGAUUACUUCGGCUAUCGCAACUUUCAGUAUUUGCGUCUUGACGGAACCACCAAGUCUGAGGACCGUGCAGCACUGCUGAAGAAGUUCAACGAGGAAGGAUCUCAGUACUUCAUCUUCCUUCUCAGCACCAGAGCCGGCGGCCUCGGCCUCAACCUGCAAGCUGCCGACACUGUCGUCAUCUUUGACAGCGACUGGAACCCCCACCAGGACCUUCAAGCUCAGGAUCGGGCUCAUCGCAUCGGUCAGCAGAACGAGGUGCGUGUGCUUCGCCUCUGCACCGUCAACAGCGUGGAGGAGAAGAUCUUAGCGGCUGCUAAGUACAAGCUGAACGUGGAUCAGAAGGUCAUCCAGGCAGGCAUGUUCGACCAGAAGUCCUCCAGCCACGAGCGCCGCGCCUUCCUCCAGGCCAUCCUGGAGCACGAGGAGCAGAACGAGGAGGAAGACGAGGUACCUGAUGAUGAAACCCUGAACCAGAUGAUAGCUCGCAACGAAGAUGAAUUUGAGCUCUUUAUGCGCAUAGACAUGGACCGCCGCCGGGAAGAUGCCAGGAACCCCAAGCGUAAGCCCCGUCUGAUGGAGGAGGAUGAGCUGCCAUCUUGGAUCAUCAAGGAUGAUGCUGAGGUGGAGCGUCUCACCUACGAAGAAGAGGAGGAGAAGAUGUUUGGUCGAGGGUCACGCUGUCGCCGGGAUGUGGACUACAGCGACACGCUGACCGAGAAGCAGUGGCUACGGGCCAUUGAGGAUGGAAACCUGGAAGAGAUGGAGGAGGAGAUCCGCCUGAAAAAGCGCAAACGCAAGAGACGCCAGGACAAGGACUCGUCGAGCAGAGAGGACGGAGGCUCCAAGGCCAAGAAGAGACGAGGACGACCACCGGCGGAGAAGCUCUCCCCCAACCCGCCCAAACUCACCAAGCAAAUGAACACCAUCAUCGAUACAGUGAUCAACUACAGAGACGGGUCAGGAAGACAAUUAAGUGAGGUCUUUGUCCAGCUUCCCUCCAGGAAGGAACUUCCUGAGUAUUAUGAGCUGAUCAGGAAACCGGUGGACUUCAAGAAGAUUAAGGAGCGUGUGAGAAACCAUAAAUACAGGAAUGUGGGAGACCUGGAGAAGGACGUGAUGCUCCUCUGUCAAAAUGCACAGACCUUUAACUUGGAGGGAUCUCAGAUAUACGAGGACUCCAUCGUUCUUCAGUCCGUGUUUAAAAGUGCCAGACAGAAAAUCGCCAAGGAUGAAGAGAGUGACGACGACAGCGAUGAGGAUGACGACGACGACGAUGACUCAGAGGCCGAGUCUAAGUCUGUGCGGGUGAAGAUCAAGCUGAGCAGAGAAGCACGAAGCCACGACAAAGGCAAGAAGAGGCAAAGCCGGGGGAAGGCGAAGCCGGUGGUCAGCGAUGACGACAGCGACGAGGACCAGGACGAUAAUGAUCUGUCAGACAAGAGCAAAAGCGACGAUGAGUGAGGACGGAUGCGAGGACAUUGUUUAUAGCACUUAUAAACAAAAAGGAAAAAAUCUUCCAUUGCUGUUGUUCAGGUUCAUAUUCUGUAUUUUUAAAACGUUUUACUUCCUGUAUCUUUUUUUUUUUUGUGUGUGUGUGUGUGUGUGUGUGUGUCCGUAGUGUGUUAUUGUCGUCUCCCUCCCACCAGCUUGGAAAUGUAUUACUAAUAAUCAGUAACAUACAGCAAUACCAAUCCGCUUAUUUUCCUGUUUUUAAGACAGUUUUGUAGUAUAUUUUUUAACUGUGUGCUUCAACAAAGCACAAAAAAACAUUCUGUAUGAAAAAAUAACUUUCUGUAUGCGCUUUUGCUUUAUUUGUACUUGCUUGCUUGCACUUUUAAAAAAGAGAAAAAAAUCCCAAUUUGAAUGUUAAAACAUAUAUAAAUAUAAAUAUAUAUACACACACACAAACACUUUAUUCGAGGACAUCCAAGUUCACUUGGAGAGCCACUAGCUGAUGAUUAAAAAUGAAAUGGCAAUCAAGUUUUUAGAGUUUUUUGGAUUUUCACCUUGUGCAGUGCCAAAUGUGCAGCCGUAGAAACCGUUAGCUAAGCCCCGCCCACAAGCUGUGACUGUGCAAUCUUAGCUUAAUAACUGUGAAUCACUUUCUUAACGCCCGUCUUCCUUCUCUGUCUCUGCACAAAAUCCAACAGAUAGUAUGAAAUUAGUUUUAUCUGCUGGAAUGUAGAGCUGCUUCUCCGGAGAAACCUUAGCAUGUCUGGCUAAUUAGCCAACAGGGAUGGAAACUAUGGAUACUAAGAGGUCAAGAAAUCGAUUACUGAAGCCCAAGGUCACAACAUUUCAAUGGACACUUUGAUUACAACCUGUUUCAGGACAGAAACAGCCACUAGGAUGAAAAUACUACAAAGUUUAAGCAGAAGUUAGCACCAGGAGCAAUGUUUCCUAACACGAAUCACCACUGUUAUGGAACGUCUGUAUUUUAACAUAACAGAGGAUAAUCCUACAUGUAUAUUUAAGACGCUAGAUGUUUUUUUUGCUUAUAAAUGAGUCCCCUGAUAACACGGCCCUCUGUGUUGUUUUAAUACGCGGCUUCUAUUAAUCCAACUUAAGAGCAAGACGUGUGUUUUCAAGCCGGUAAAAGACGCCGCGAGCAGCACCUUAACAUUAAACUCAUAGCAACAAAUUAUUGUUUCAUCAAGUGAGUCUAAUUGGGCGUCCUGAGACCGAGCCACGGCAGCUUUUAUUCAUGCCGGGUGUUUAAAAGUUAUUACUUUGGUCAAGCUGUUUGACUCCACGAAGCCACGAGAGUCUAUGAGUGAUUUAGUCGGCUGUCAGACAGCCCUGGUGGAAACACACUCCAACCUUUGUGUGUUCAAAGGACGGUCCUGUCUCUGACUUUAUCCGACUCCUCAUUAGCCUCUGUCCAGAAACAGGAUCAAAACAGCGGGACAUGAUCUGAACGCCUCCCUUAUCCUUUCCUUUCUUUCAGAGGGAGUUGAUAUAUUCUCUUUGUGAUGAUGCAACCCACCUCUCAGGCUGCUCUCCCCUUUCUAUCCUCCACCUUUAAUUCUCCCGCUCGUCACUAAGUAGGAAUUAUAAUUAGCAUUAGCCUAAUUAGCUUACUAGCGAUUGUCCUUUUAGUGACCAAAGUCCUGGUUGCUGUCUCAACGUGUCAGUUUGUGUCUCAAAAAACGAGAACAAGAAGCUCGAUAGUUGCACUAAAAACAGUGGGCGGGCCUCAGUUAAUAGUCGAGUUAGACAAUAUAGUCGUGAACCACAGAUGAAUAUAUCUAUAGCUGCAAAUCCGUUUGAGCUAAAUGCUUCUUAAACUGCUUUUAUUGAAAUGUAAUCAUACACAGCCGGCACAUCAUUUGUGUUCUAUGUAUUCUUUGUCCUGUUGCUUUCAGGAAGUUGUGUAUCACAGCUUCAGCCUGGCCUUCAAAGCAAUACAAUCAGAUUCAUGUUGCUUUGUUUUUAAAAAAUAAACUGUGGUAGCAGUAAAUGUAGCGUCUGAAUAAAUGUGGACUCCUGCAGUGAUGACUGACAACAAAUUUAAAAAAGACAGUAUUACGUUUUUAAAAAAAAGAAAUCUGUAUUGAUUUCUACCUUUGGACUGAGGUGUAGUUUGUGACUUAGUUUCAGACCCUCAUUUUAUUGAUUUAGAUGUUUGUAGCAUGAACUCCUUUGACAGUAUACCGUGCACAUGCAGAUAGCUCUUUUUGUUUGUUUGUUUGUUUUGUGUAAUAUGUGCUUGCCAAUUUUCCAUAAGUGUGACUUAAUCUUUGCUUUCUUUGCACAGUGUCUCGUGGUUGUAUUUCAAAGCCGAGGGCAAAAUAAAAUAUCACUGACUUUCAGCACAAAA